GAUCAAGUAAUGCCUGCGAUUUUGACUCUCGUUCAAAAUUUAAAAAAAUAUGCAGAAUAUCUAAUUACAACUACUACCAGUAUGACCGAACUUCAUCAUAAAGAUGAAAGUGCUCGUAGUCCUGAAAACAACUGUACUAUGUAUCAGAUUUGUGCCUGUAAAUAUGAUA